AUGGAGCAAUUAGAUAAGUGUGCAAACUGCAAGGGCAACGGUGAAGACCCAAGACCCUGCUGUUCGUCACCCUCGAAUAAGGCUGUUUUCUCACAACAGCUAGAUGACUGUCCGAAUUGUGAAAGCAAUGGUAGAGACCCAAGACCCUGCUGCCACCGCUCCAACAAGGUUGCUGGCAAAACCAAUAAUAUUCUUGCAGGCAUGGAGCAGUUAGCUGACUGUGCAAACUGCAAGGGUAACGGUGAAGACCCAAGACCCUGCUGUUCAUCACCCUCGAAUAAGGCUGUUUUCUCACAACAGCUAGAUGACUGUCCGAAUUGUGAAAGCAAUGGUAUGGACCCAAGACCCUGCUGCCACCCCUCCAACAAGGCUAUUUUCUCAGGAUAA